AUGUGCAUCCCGGCUGCGCUGAGGCUGGAUCCGCUGACAGAAUCGGCCUCGACGCCAGCCGAGGAUGGAGCUGCGGAUGACGUCUGCGUUUUCGUCGGAGAUCUUGUUAACAAGGGCCCUGAUUCGUACGGCGUUGUGCGAUGUCUGCGCAACAUUGGUGCGAUUGGCGUACUGGGCAACCACGACGCGGUGUUGCUGCGGCUCUCCGAGAAGUUGAGGGCGGAUGUUCCGCUGACGGUGGAGGAGACGAGCAGCAGUCUCUACCCACUGGCGAUGGGCUGUCCGGACGACGUCUUCACCUUCAUGGCGUCCGUCCCCCACAUCCUGUGCUUCCGCGCGUAUCAGCUUGUCGUCGUUCAUGCGGGCAUCGAUCCAUCGAUCUCGCUUGCUGCCCAGGGCGUGGAGGCUGUGACGCGCAUGCGUAACUUGAUAAAGGCCACAAAGUAUGGGAGGGGGUCGAUGAGCGAGGCAGCAGGGCAGCGAGCACACGUGGCCCUCUCUCUUUCCGCUGCCUUUGCGGCGAUGGAACGGGCCAAAUUUGGGACGAGUUGGAGUGCGACGUGGUCGAAGUUGGCCUGCAAGCUCAGUCGCGCUGCGACCGGCAAGGAGGAGAGCGACAGUGGCGAAAUCGAUAGCGGCAGUGACCGAAGCAGCACAAAUAUCAGCGGCGAUGUUGCAGAGGACGGUGGCGUGAAGAAGCCAAAGAAAGUAGACGGUGGUGGGGCUAAGUGGCGGAAGCGCAUUCACCCGGACUAUGCUGGCUUCACUAUUGUGUACGGUCACGAUGCCAAGAGGCGGUUGCAGGUGCAUCCGUACGCCUACGGGCUCGAUUCUGGUUGCGUCUACGGUGGUGAGCUGACAGGGCUGGUGUGGCCGAGCACACUGGUGUCCGUGCCCGGGUGGGCGAACCCAUCGCCGCACCACAAGUCAAAGGUCUGA